AUGGGCGCGUCGACGAAUAACAAACCCAAGCACACGAAAUGUUCGCAGCAAGAAAUGUACGCGAUGCGUCCAACGCUCACCCCAUCGUACUCGAGCGUGUUGCUCUUACUCGCGUCGCUUUUUUGCAUCAGUUUUGGCUUCAUCGCGUACGAAAAUGCAAAGGAAAUCGUACAACUGGAGGCGAGGUACGACGAAGCGUGCAAAAAGGAUGGAUUUUUUACCUCGUCUUUAUCGUCAUCCGUGGAGAGUUUAAGCGAAGAGGAGUUGAUGCACUCGACGGGGACUGGAACCACGUGCACGGUAUCGCUGGGCGUCGCGCCGGAAUACAUUAAAGCUCCGAUUUAUAUCUAUUACGGGAUAUCGUCGAUGUACCAAAACCAUCGAAGGUUCGUGCGAUCGCGAUCGAACGAGCAGUUGAUGGGACAAACGGAAAGUGGAAGUGAUAUGUGCGAUCCGAAGAAUACCGUCGAUGGGGAGAAGAUGAAUCCGUGCGGUUUAGCGGCGUGGUCUACUUUUAACGAUACGUUCGCGGUAAACGUAGACGGUCAACCGAGAGCGGUUUCCGAUAAAGAUAUCAGUUGGAAAGGCGAUCGGGAGUUUAAGUUUGCAAAUUAUUUGCCGACGAGAGUGAACGACGAUCCCGCGACACGAGGUGGAAAAGAGAUUGAAGGCACCGUGCAAGAGGACGAACAUUUCAUCGUCUGGAUGCGAACGGCGUCGACGAAGACGUUUCGAAAAUUAUGGGGAGUCAUCGAGACGGAUAUCGAGAAAGGGCAGGAAAUUACCGUGGACGUGACGAAUUUGUACAACUCGUACGCGUUUGGUGGUGAGAAGAGAGUGUAUUUUAGCACGACGACGUGGUUAGGAGGUAGGAAUCACGCGUUUGCGUUGUAUAACAUUGUCGUUGGGUUUUUGCUGUUAAUCUCGAGCGUCUUACUAGGUAUUUUGGGGGUAGUAUUUCGCGAGAAGAAAUUGCCCGAGAAGAGGCUUUGA